AACAUUUGUGAGCUCGACUCAUUGAACAACGUUAAACAUUGAACUGUUUUUCAAGAGGUUCUAUUAGUCUUCUAAAAUCAAAUACAUAUCAAUGUCAGUUGACAAGCCCAAGUAUAUAAAACACACUGAGUGUUCUACAGAAUUCGAACUGCUGAUUAAGCAAAUUCUGAGCAACGAAGGGCAAGAAAUAAGCUGAAGCCGAUCUUACUUCUAUUGGAUUGAAGUGUUCAUUUACAUAAACACAUUGGAGUUCAGUUGUGCUUUUGUGUAUAUAAGAAGGAGGCAAAUUUGUUUCAAUUUAUUUGCUGAUAUUUUGUAUUCUGAUUCAUUCAUAUUUUCAAUCUCGAAAGCGCUGCACAUCAAUUUAACUUCAUUGUGUUCUGAAGAAAAUAAAUAUUAAAACUAUGAAUUGGCUUGGAAAAUCAUUGACUGCAAUUCUGGAUUCAGACCGCAACACCGAUUGCAAAUUUAUCAUCGAUGAUAAUGUCUAUUUAGGCCAUAAAUUGAUCUUCUCGUGUGCGUCCGAAGUCUUUGAGCGCAUGUGCUAUGGAAACUUUACCGAGGGAACAACUGGAGAGAUUAAGCUAACAGACGUGGAGCCCGAAACUUUCGUAAUGUUUCGAAAUUUUAUCUAUAGCGGCGACUCGCAGAUAAAAUGUGAUGACGUAGAACAAAUUAUAAAGCUACUCGAGUUCGGACAUAAAUAUCUUGUGAGCAGCAUUAAGGACGCCUGCGUUGAUAAGUUGAAAAAAUGUUCAGAUCGAUGCAUCCUGAACGAACUUCUUGCCAUAUAUCAGUGCUCGCACAUACUAUCGAUUAACUCAUUACUUUUGAAGGUCUCUCAACAUAUUCAAGUGCAAGCAUGGAAUAUAAAAAACCUAACGAACAUUUUGCAUUUUCAAGUGCACCCAUUCAAGAGCCUCAUUCGUCUUAUUAAUAUUAAUGAAUCUAUGCGUUUUAAACUUAUUGAAGAAUACAUUCAUGUAAAUGAUUUGGAUGCAAUCAAUAUUAAUGGUAUCAAAGAUACUUUAGAUGUCAAACCCGAAAUCCAAUCUGAUAAGGAAGUUGGCGACUUAAUUGAUAUUAAAAAGAUGACUCUUGAUGAAAAAGUUGCAAAUGCCAAACCCGAAGUCGACUCCGAUGAAGCGACAACUUCAAAUGGCUCCAUAGUCAAAGAAUUUCUUGACUUAAUCUCUUUUGAAAAGUUCACACUUGAAGAUUUCUAUAAUGGACCCGGAAAAUCAAAGCUACUCGAUUUUCAACGCAAGUACGAGCUAAUUUAUGUUAUUGCAAAAGCCCAGAAAAAAUCGUAUGAUGAUUCGAUUAAACAAAAUCAACAACGUGCAUCAUAUCAAUACGGUGGAUAUAAUUAUCAUUGACACAAUCAUUUUGUAAUUUUCACUAAGAUCCCAUACCAUAUAAUAAAGUUCAACAUGUGCGGCAAUGCCCAUUGUUUGUUAGUUUUCAUCAGAUUCGAUCCAAAUCAACUGCUGCCAAAUGUCGAUAUGUGACUUGCAACAUUUCAUUCAUGGGAGAAACUCAUUCGUAUUGUAUUGGCAGGAAAGGUAUAUGACAGGCACAAGGCGGCACUGUCCGUGUCAAUAUGUCCGUCUAACUGUCUGGUAUAUUACCAAACAUACAAAAUAACAGU